UGUGAUACUAUUUAUAUUAAAUACUCUGAUGAUUGUACUGAAAUGACAAUGUUCAUUUCUCUCAUACUCGUGCUGACCCUAACUUUGACAGAUGCUCAGAGUUCGGGAAGUUUAGCACAGGGGAGCUACAUGGCUUUGUUCCCGUCAUAUAUAGAGGGAUCAGAUUUUUCUAUCUAUUUCAAACUCUUGCGACCAGUUGCUUAUGAAACUAUUGAGGCCCGACUUUUAUUUUCAAAUUAUUCUGACGCCGGUGAGAAGAAUGUAACAAAAGCCUCAGGCAGCUUGUCUCUGUCAUCAGGCACACAAGAGGGAACUAUCAACUUGAAAGUUCCAGACGACUUAGAAAGAUAUGCAAUGUAUCAUAUUUACAUAAGAGGGAGCGGCAUCUUAAACUUUGAAAAUAUGACGACAAUAAGCAUUGGGUAUUUUAGGCAACGAGACAUGAAAACGGAUUACAUCUUCAUACAAACUGAUAAAGCCGUAUAUAAAACCGGCCAAAAAGUGCGUUAUCGUGUAUUUGUAGUCGAUAAGGACAUGAAGCCCAAGGACCCAGUCAUGAACAUCGAUAUAAUGGAUCCGAGAAAUAAUAAGAUAAAGGAGCACGUUAAUGUCAGUGGUUUGUACGGAUUUUCUGGAGAGCUUCAGCUGUCAGAGCAACCAGUUCUAGGAUACUGGAGAAUUCGUGUGAAAUUAAGGGAUACAGAAAACAGCGAGACAAUGGGUUUUGAGGUGCUUGAGUAUGUUUUACCGAAGUACGAGGUAUCAGUAAAGCUUCCGCCAUUUGGAACCGUUAACAACCCGGAGCUGAAGGGAACUGUGACGGCAAAGUACACAUAUGGAAAGCCAGUUAAAGGACACGUGACUUUACGAGUCACAAAAAGUACUUCAUAUUGGUGGUUCUUUGAGCCGAGAGCAAUACAAACUGAAUUUGAGAUUGACGGCGAAGCAGAUUUUAGUAUAGCUACAGACACGCUGUUGAAGUUUGACCCAUCGCUUAAAUACGAUACACUCGUGGUGGAAGCAAAUGUUACAGAGGAAGAGACAGGAGAGGUCCGCUUGGCUGAAAGUAGAGUCACGUUCCAUGAGAGACCUCUCAUGCUCCAGUUCCUAAACUAUGGUGACGACAUCUUUAAACCAGGAUUUAAAUAUAAAACAUAUGUUAAAGUAACACAGCCUGACGGACGGCCUUUGGUCACAUCCGGUGAUAGAGUCCGCAUCAGUGUCACUUACUUUACAGACAAGCAGACAGCUGUUGCACCGCCUUUCCGUCCACCAAAUAGUCCGUCUUCAAACUUGAUGGAAUUUAUAUCUCCCUUUCCUGAUGGCGAUGUCAUAUUUAUGCCAGAAAUGUUUUUGUCUGUACCCCGCGAUGGCAUGAUAAAGUUAGAACUUGACAUUCCGCUUAAUGUUGCAACUGGGCACAUAGACGUACGUCUCCGAGAUGAGAAAACGUCCAAAAACAUUCAAAGGUUCCGUACUGAGAGUAAAGCUUACCUGCACGUUGAGAUGAAGUCAUCCUUUGUGAAGGUUGGGAAACAGGCUGAAUUCAGUGUAAGAAGUAACGUAAGACCAGGCGGAAUGGUAACUUACCAUAUUAUUAAAAACAAGAAGAUAAUUGAAACACACUACACUCACAUUGCCUCUGUGUACCAAAAGAAUACAUUUUACGUAACGAUGACGUCAGAAAUGGUCCCAGAAUGUAUACUUCUUGCUUAUUUCUACAACGAAAAACAUGGCGAAAUUGUUGCUGAUGCCAUCAAAUUUUCCGUCGAUAUGUCCUUCAAAAAUGACGUAACCCUAAGAUUCGAUCGGACGCAGGUGUCACCUGGAACAAAUGUUUCUUUAAACAUCAGAGCCGACCCAGGAUCGCAAGUGUUUGUACUAGCUGUAGAUAAAAGUGUUAUACUACAUAAAACCGGAAAUGACAUCAAUGAACGGAAGGUCUACAACAAGCUAGGUAUUGUUGAAAGACCCAGUUGGAAAUACCAAGACUCUUACUUGUAUGUACGAGUAUCGGCAAACGAUCCGAUUGGCAUAUUCAAUGCGGUAGGACUUGCAGUAAUAACUGACGCGUCAUUGUAUGAUUUCGACUUCUGGAAGCUCAAGAGUCAAAUAGAAGAGAAGACUUCAGCAGGUAGAGUUUCUUGGUCAUCCAGUUCGGAAAGCCUUGACAUAAAUGAGUGUUUAGGACCAUCGUGUUCAAACUAUGUUGGAUCAAUGUCCAGAAUCCCCCAGACCGUUCGUAAAGACUUUCCAGAAACUUGGAUAUGGGCUAACGAAUCUGUCAGUUCUACUGGGAAUGUGAUCAUGACAGCGACAGUACCAGAUACAAUCACUGACUGGGUAGCUACAGGCUUUGCACUGAACCCAGACUCUGGACUCGGGGUUGCACCAGUUGCUGCAAACGUAACCGCAUAUCUACCAUUUUUCGUCAGCCUUCAUUUACCAUUUUCCAUUGUUUCUGGAGAGGUAGCUGUAAUUCAAGCACUUGUGUUUAACUACUACCCGCAUGAUAUGUAUGUGACAGUAUCGCUAAAGAAUUCCUCUGAUGAAUUCCUUGGUAUAACUGUAAAUAGAUAUGGUAAGGAAGAAGAAACAAAGGACAGAGUUCAAAAGUGUAUUCUCGUCAAGUCUAAUGAUGCACACUCCGCUUAUUUCACAAUUAAGGCCCAGCAAAUAGGAACUAUAGACUUGGAGGUAGAGGCGUCGUCUCCGAGAGGAAGAGACACUGUUAUACGUCAGCUUAUAGUCAGGCCGCCUGGCCAACAAGAGGAACAAAAUGUUCCAGUGUUGAUAUCACUGGAAAAUGGCGGUAACUUUCAGCAAGAUGUACCUAUAACUUAUCCGUUACGUAUAGUACCGGACUCGGAGCGAAUACAGAUUACUGUAAUAGGUGACAUUUUUGGCCCUUCCUUGGAUCACCUUGAUCAGUUGAUUAAGAUUCCGUAUGGAUGUGGAGAACAGAAUAUGGUGCGGUUCGCUCCCGCUGUUUUUGCUGCCAAAUAUCUUAAGAUUACUAACAGGUACUCGGAGAAAAUGAAGAAACAGGUUGAGCAUAUCAUGGAAACUGGCUAUCAAAGACAACUGACCUACCAGAGACUCGAUGGUUCAUUUAGUGCAUUUGGCAUCAAGGAUAACGAAGGAAGCUUGUGGCUUACUGCAUUCGUCCUGAAGUCGUUCGCAGAAGCCAGUGAGUUCACCUACAUUGAUCCGGCUGUUGUUGAAAAUGGUGUUAAGUUUAUUCUUAAGAAUCAAAACAAAGAUGGAAGCUUCAACACGACGGGAUUUGUACAUAAUAAGGCAAUGCAGGGAGGUUCUGUAUUGAGCAGUAGGUCUCUUGCUGCGUACGUACUGAUAGCUGUGAAAGAGGUUCAAGAUAAAAAUAUAAUGAGAAAUGCCACGGAGAUUGAAAUUCUGAGAAAAGCAAUAAUGUCAGCUUCGUCCUUUGUUGAGCAAGGUAGCUCCAGACUGACUGGGGAGUAUGAGACAGCAAUUACAGCAUACGCCACAGCUCAAAUAAGCAAGGGCGGAACAACAGAACUGCUGAACAGGCUAGAUAGGAGCACUAACCUCAUACAGUCUGAUGGAACAAAACAUUGGCAAAAUUCCGUAAAAAGUAUUGAAGUUGAAACUGCCGGGUAUGUUUUGCUUGCCUACAGCAAACAAAACAAUAUUAACGGCGCACUUCCGGUACUGAAAUGGCUUAUUCAGCAGAGAAGCCCGUAUGGCGGCUACAUUUCUACACAGGAUACUGUCGUUGCUUUACAAGGUCUAGCAGAAAUUGCAUCACAGAUGUACACAUCUGACGUCAGCAUGACAGUUGAAUUUGACUACGGCUCCGAAACUCCGAAAAAUGUCUCAAUAAAUGCUGAAAAUAUGGACGUGCUACAGUUCAUUGACGUACCUGAAGAAAGCCGCACGCUGCGGAUAUCGGCCAAAGGAAGAGGUUCUGGCCUAGUCGAGGUGAGCACAUUUUACAACAUAUUGGAGGAGGAACGAAAUCCCAGCUUUGAUCUGAUGGUUACAACUAAUGGUACAGAAGUUGAUAGAUUCACGCUGAAAGCUUGUGCAAGAUGGCUAGACAUUGAGGACAGUGGUAUGGUUCUGCUAGAUAUUGGUUUUCCCUCUGGGUAUAAACCCUUACUUAACAACGACAGACCGUUUGGCUGGAACCAGGAUAUAGAUAGUAGUGUGACUUACUCAAGAAGGGAGAUGGACCAUGGGCGCCUUGUGUUAUACUAUGAUUACAUGGAUGAGGAGGUAACAUGCUACACUGUGGAUGUUGUGAGAGAAUCAACUAUAGGACGGUCGCAACCAGCCAGUGUUAGAGUAUACUCCUACUACGACAUGGAAAAAAGUGCAAUGAAGUUUUAUUUGCCGAACACAUUAAAGAAGAACUAUAUAUGUGAUUUCUGUGGUGUUGAGUGCGGCUGUGGGUUUGAUCCCGAGGCAGUUCCGACGGAACGAUGUACUGGAAUUAUGAGUAACUACCGUUCAGUCUCACGUCCAGUCAACAGCUAUCCUGGCCAGAACUCAGUCUCACGCAAAACUGUCAUCUACCCAGGUCAGAGCUCAGUCUCACGUGAAACCGCCAUCUAUCCAGGCCAGAGCUCUGUUUCGCGUCAAACCGCAGUUUAUCCAGGGAUGAAAUCAGUAUCACGAUCAUCCUCUGUCUACCGAGAUAAUAAUAGGAUAAUAUACCCGGCAGUGCCUGACACAGAAGUGCACAGAGUUAUCCAACCCCUGCAAAGUUCCUCAUCUGUGAGAACUAUUCAUAGACAACGGCUUCAGCCUAACCGAUGGCAUCGUGGUCAAACUAUCCCUGUAUCAUUCAGCAGGACAACUAAGCAGAGACAAUCAUUCCCAGUACUAGCCAACUCGUUUCCUACAGUCUCUAGACGAUGGAGUGUAAGCAGUAGCUAGAGGCCGAUGAAGCAGUAAAUAAAACCACUGUGUUGGAAUAAGAAGAAAAUACAUAGCUACACACGUGUAGAAUUUGUGAAAAUAUCACAUAUACUAUAUGAUAUAGAUAAGUAACUGUAGAUAAAAAUAGAAUGAAUUGAAAAAUGUUCGUGUCAUGAUAUUUUAAUAUAUAGGUAUAUACAUGUAGAUAAAAUCAUAUCACCUCAUUUCCCUGUAUGAAGGUGUAUUGUUUGCGCAUCACAAUUUGCUAUUAUUAGUUUGGUUUAGUCAAGAUAGCUCCAGUGUUCCUUUACAUACAGCCUCGUCAACUUACCGGUAGACGCCAGUAAUAUUUUGCAAUACACUGUUCACCUUAAUGUGCCACGUUCUCUAAACUAGUACUCAGUAAAAAUAAAUGUAUGUACAUUUUUGUAUCAUAAUUCUUAAUAAAAUUGUGUUUUUA